CUCACCUACUCAGCAUCUUCCUUUUCUCUUCUUCCCUUUUUUAGCUUUCUUCAUUUUCAUUUCUACGUAUAAGUUUCUUACUCAUAAACCCUUUCCGCUUCUCUUAAUUCUUUUCUCUUCAGGGGAAUGUUCAUUAGUGGAGUGAAUUUUUAAGAAGUUUUGAUUACUCAGAACUUUUCUGCAUUUUAAGGGCUCUGUGACUUCCUGCAUUUCUUGAGAGGUAACAGCUAUAGUUUAGAGGGAAAAAGAGUAUAUAGCAUGGCGUCAAAUUUAGUGGAUGAGAUAGAUUGUGCUAGCUUCUUUGACCAUAUUGAUGAUUUGGUUGAAUUUUCCCCAGAAAAUGAGUGUGGUGACCUUGACUCUACUGAUUGCAAGAAUUUUCCAAGCAUUUGCAACGACCCCUUGCCGGAUUCCGGCCCACUUUUCUUCAGCAGCCACAGAAAUUCACCUUCCGACUUCUCAGCCGAGCUCUUAGUUCCUUACGAGGAUAUAGUUCAACUCGAAUGGCUUUCAACAUUUGUGGAGGAUUCCUUCUCUUGUGGCGGAUUGACAAUGGGGAAAGAACAUUUUCCUGUCAACAAGGAGCCAUCUCAUAGCAAAUUCCUGUCCUCAAGUCCUGUUUCUGUGCUUGAGAGCAGCAGCAGCAGCUCAUCAAGCUCAGGGGCGGGGAAAACGACUCCUCCUCUUAGUCCAUGCCACCGUGGUACACAACGUGCUCGGAGCAAGCGUCCUCGCCCUGCAACUUUUAAUCCAUGGCCAGUAAGUCAACUCAUGUCUCCAACAUCAUCCUUUACCGAGAUUCACCAGCAAUUUGUUGCGCCUGAAGAUACAUUGGAAUCUGACAAUUUCGGGGAGUCUCACAUGAAGAAGAAAAAGAGAAUCAAAUUUUCCAUUCCUCUAGCUCCAGUUGACACGAAUCAGAAUUGCCAGCGGGCACUACAAACAGUUAGGAAAUGCAUGCAUUGUGAGAUAACAAAGACGCCUCAAUGGAGGGCAGGUCCAAUGGGACCAAAAACCCUCUGCAACGCGUGUGGCGUUCGCUACAAGAAAGGUCGACUCUUCCCUGAGUACCGCCCUGCUGCAGCCCCCACAUUUGUUCCAUCCUUGCACUCUAACUCUCACAAGAAGGUCUUGGAAAUGAGAAGCAACCUCAUCCCCGAGGAUACACACGACAAGCAGGCUGCGCCACACUCAACUCGUCCCCUAAGCCCUGGCCCGCCCGAGAGCAAUGCCACAGGUGGUACUUCAACUGCGCAAUCAGAUUUCAACCCUGAGUAACAAGAAUGCAGAUAAUAGUUUUUCCUAGUCUUUUUAUCUCCUCUGCCUUGUCAUAUCAGUUCUUAGUUUAAUUUGCUUACUGUUUUUAUUAUUGCUUUGUUCAUUGGUUCUUUGUACAAAUAUGUAAGGAGGAUAGGGGAAAUAGAGAAGAAAUAGAUGACCAUAUUUUAGGUGAUAGCUAGGGAGAAAAGGGUUAGAAAUAGAAAUGGAGUUUCAGGUUAGGCAGCUGUAGUGUUAUUUAGGAGUCAGUGUUAGUUAUCUUUUUGUUAGACUUAUUGCUAUUUCUUUUUCCCCAUCCUUACAAUAUGGGAAUUCUUUUUGCAGUUACUAUAAUUUGUUUUUAGCAUA